AUGUUCGAAAAGCUACAAGCAUUGAUUGAUGCCUCACAACAGCCUGAUCACUUAUAUUUCAGUAUGGAGACGGUUCAUGGCGUCUACUAUCAAGACUCGGUGACGGUUACAAUGAAGAAUCAGAUAUAUGAGCUGGAAAAGAUUCAGACAAUAUUCACCUCAAUUGAUUUCUCAGACAACAAUCUACAAGGAGCCAUACCUCCAACAAUUGGAUCAUUAAAGUCUCUGUACAUUCUCAACUUCUCCCACAACGCCUUCUCCGGCCACAUCCCUCCAGCACUAGCAAACGUGGCGAAGCUGCAGUCGUUCGACUUGUCAUUCAACGCUCUCGUUGGGGAGAUCCCAGGCCAGUUGGCUGAUCUUAACUCCCUGGGUGUUCUCAACUUGUCUUACAAUCAUCUAGUUGGGAGGAUUCCGCAGGGCAGCCAGUUUAACACGUUCACGGAGAGCUCGUACGUGGGGAACGAGGGGCUAUGCGGCUUCCCUCUCGAUAGAAAUUGCAGCGACGAGGGAGCUUCGCAACCUGGAGAAGUGCAAGGACAGGAAGAGGAUGAUGUUUUUGAUGGAGGGAUGUAUGUGAGUGCAGCAUUGGGAUUUGUUGUUGGAGUAGGGAUCAUUGUUGCACCACUUUUUUGUGCAAGAAAUGGACAAACUAUUACAACAAGCAUCUAA